GCUUGAAUUCAGACAAGUAGUUUUAUUUCUUUACGUGAAUAAUAUACGUUGCAUACUACUCUUCGUCUCCAAGCCUUUAUUCGUCGCUGCCACUCUCUUUCUCUCACACUUCCUCAACAUUCUCUAAUACCUAUAUUUGUGUGUUCCAAUAUAUACAUACAUUCCUGGUCCUUUACAAUCUCCUUUUUUCGAGUACGCUAUUACGACACUGCUUCGUCAAACACUGUUUCCAGACUUUCCACACGCUCUUUUAUCUGAUCAAAUUCGAUUCCAUCACCAUUCAUUCAUCAACUCACAAGUUCAUCUUCAAUAUGCCGGGUCUGAUCCCCCUUCGCAUGAGCGCGCUCAUUCCAGCAUCAAAAAUCGCAACAUCUUUCGCAGAAGGCAAAUCCAAUGCCACAAGUUGGGAGCCCACGCCGUACAAGCCAAGAACAGCUGAGAUGCAGUUCCGGCAAGCAACGCGCGAGCGCAUAAUUCCCGAGCCUCUCAUUACAUCUAGACCAGCUCCUUCUACGCCUUCCCAGUGGAGGAGGGCGUUGGCUGAGAUCAAAAGAGACUUCAUCAACCGAAGAUACCGGCACUGCUCUAUGCGAUGUCAAGAGAUUCUCGACACCAUGAAGGAUUCGCACAAGCCAGACACAGCAUGCCUGAUCUAUAUCCGUUUCUACGGCGCAUCUGCUCUUGAGAUGCAAGUCCGCUCUCUUCAUCACACGUCUCCUUAUCGGAUGAAGCUCCUCCUCCAAGCCCGCGACCACUACCGCGCCGCAUCCGAACUCGCCAAAGAAGACGAUGCUACUAAGCGGCGGCCCCCUUCUCGAUCACUGUCUCCAAUGUCCAGCCGACACACUCCUUUUGGAUCGGACGCAUCAUUCUCUACAAUCUCCUCCGGAAGCUCUGCUUCACUCUCAAUCAGCUCUCUUGACAGCUGUCUGAAGAGCCCCGGUAGCCGGCCCAAGCAAAAGAAGCGCGUCGCGUUCUGUGACGUGCCCUCAUAUGAACCUUUGCACGAGUCUACCUUUGAGCCUUUUAUUCGCCCAGACUCUCCAACCCUCGGUUUUGACGAUGACUGGUGCCCCCGCCAACCUACUCCUGAGCCUCCGGUUCUCUAUCCGGCUCCCAUCCGACCCAGCUCUGGAAAGUCGCAGUUUCCACUCCCUUCUCCUACAAAUUCAGAAUUCAGCUCUACUCAGGGCGACGAUGACAGCUACUUCGAUACUCCCACUACUGCAGACAGCUUCCUCCAUGCCCGUUCCGUCCACCACUAUUGCACGGUACUUGCCAGCCUGCAGCGCCAAAUCACCUCUCACCUGGAAUGGUUAGAGCGUGAUCUUGCUGCCGCAGAGAAUCCCCAGCCUCCGCAAGUCCUCAGCGAGGAAAUGCGUAGCCUGGAACUGCGCACGCGGAUUGAGCGGCUGAGGGCCAGUGGCUGGAAGCGACAGCGUUUUGAUUUCCGAAAAUACGAGGCACUUCGAGAGAGGGCCUUGGAGGACAUCAAUUAGGGGUAGGCGGAUGUGGUAAAAACAAAAAAAGUAAAACUGAAAUUGAAAAAAUAUUGCUGUUUUAUUGCUGUUAUUGGCUAGAAUUCGGAGUUUGCAUUGUUUGAUUGGAUUCUUUGGCAUUGAUAGAUGGCGUUAUGGGCUGCUUGCCUUGGGAUACUUGCUAUGAAGGCGCUCGUUGGGAAAAGUACAUAGAUCUCCAGAUUGGAUAGGAUAGAAAAAGGGACAAAAGAUGCCCUCAAAAGCCAUGUUUUUUACUUCAACUGUACCAUCUCCCCUUUCAUCCGUUGAAAAUGAGCCAAAUCGCCUUGUUCAUGAUUGCUAUUCACGUCUCAUCUCAAAAUACUUUGCUUAUAACCAAUGUCGCGAGAAGAGAGAAAAUUAUAUUUCGGAAAACCAAAAAAAAAAGGGAAAGCAAGAGACCAAAAAAAGAAUAUCCCAAAAAAAAGUCCUCAUAACCAGUCCUUCUCUUUCGAGACGCGAGCGCUUUAAGAGGCGUCGCUAAAGCUACGCCGCUUCGCCUCCUUUCCCAUCUCUUCCUCAAUCUGCAGCGUCUCCUGCUUCUGCUUGACGUCCUUCAGCGCAAAGAGACCCAGGGCGUGCAACCGAGCGCCAUCUCCCUUUUCUUGGCCACCUUGCACGUCUCCCAUUUCCGAGUUCUCGGGGUCUUCUUCGUGUUCUCUGAGCUUGUUGAUCCUGUUCUGAAGCUUGACAAUUUCGAUGGCGCGGCGGAGGCGGGACCGUCUGCGGAAGGCCUCGAUUUCUGGCAGCAAGUUGUGGUCGCUGGCGGUCUGGCCGCUGAGCCAGAUGUGGCCCAAAGCUUGUCGCUGGUCCAUCUCAGCUCAGGCUCUGGGACAAGGAGACGGUUGAUAAAGUCCUUUGCAUCAGCGCUGACAUCCUUCCAGUAUCUCUCGUGGAACACGACGUUGCCCCUUGUGCACUCAUCAAGAAGAUCUUGCAGGUUCUCGCUUCGGAAAGGGGAGUAACCGCAGAGCAGGGUAUAGGUGAUGACGCCCAUAGACCACAUGUCUACAGGCUUUCCGUGGCCUUUCUUGGCCAUCACUUCAGGGGCCGCAUAGCCAAAAGAUCCAGCCAUAGUCUUGAGUGUUUCGUCCUUGCUGUCCAGCGUCUUGGCAAUACCAAAAUCGGCCAGCACGAGAUCGGAGUCGUCUUCGGCAGUAACAUAG